AUGGAGUCACGAGGAUCUACAAAAAGCAGUUUGACUGAUGUGACACCAUUGGAGCCACAUGGAGUACCACUUCACGUUUGUCUCCGCGGCUUCGGCCAGCACUUCACCUCCUCGAGUGCCACAGUGGACGCGUCGACGACAGCUCAGGUGCGGCCAGUCAGUUCCUACGACCACUUCAUCAGUCACGAUUGGGGGACUCCCCGUUGGAUGAAAGUCCUCUCUUUGAUGAUCGUCUUCAAUGCACCUGCUGCUUUCUGGACCACCCUGCUCGUGUCUAUCAUCUUGGGAAUGCUCCAAGCAUUUGGGAUCCUUCCGGAAGGAAUGUGGGUGGCCAUCAUUCCGCACCUGUCCUUCCUGUUACUCCUUUGCUUUUGGCAGCGUGUGCGGGCCCUUCUUCUGGGCCCCAAGAACGUCUUCUUGGACAUCUUGUGUAUCCCUCAAUAUGAUGACAAGCUGAAGGCGCGAGGCAUCAUGGGACUCGGAAACAAUUUGGAGUGUUCGCAGGAACUUACCGUGCUUUGGUCGCCGCGAUACUUCACUCGGCUUUGGUGCACCUACGAGAUUGCAAUGUUCCUCCGCCGACCCGAGCGCUUGCAGAAGAUCCAGCUGGUGCCCGUUACUAUGCCGGUCAUCCUUUGCCUCUUCAGCGCAGCAUGGCUCUGUGUGCGAUUGCAGCUCACCGUUGUGGAGUCUGUGACCGUCGAUUGGGACGACACUGGCUUGAGGCUACUUGUGAGGAUCGGCCUAAUGCUUCUGUCGGUUCCGGUCAUGUUCGUGAUGAAGACCUAUUUGGGAAUGGGUUUGGUCCAAGACUUGGAAGAGCUGCCUAAGCAGCUACAAGAGUUCAGCAUUGCAGACAGCCAAUGUUCUUGCUGCUUCUUCGAGCACAGACAUCCCCAAACUGGCAAAAGGAUCAUGUGUGACAGGGAAGUUGUGUACCAGGCGGUGAAUGAUUCAUAUGAUGAUCAAGAGGUCAGACGUACCUAUUCCCACGACGUCUCACGAACAACGUCCGGCCUAGAUGUCUUUGAUGGGGCAGUCAGGGGUCAGCUGUCUGAUAGAAUUUCAGAACAGCGCUUGAGCAGCAGUCUCAUUCCUCUUGACCUUUUCAUUUACAUGGUUUGGGCCUGGGACAUUCCUUGGCUUGCGCCAAGACUCCAUCUCAUUUCCCAAGCUGGCAACCUUGGCCGCCACCCGGAAUAUGAGCAUUAUGACGACCUCUUGCGAGUCUUGUACGCAUUGGCAGACAUGAUUGACUGGGCGAAGGGGCUGCCAUCCAUCCUAGUACUGCUCUUCGUGUCCAUGCGGCUAUGGAAAUUGAUGUCACGCUGGAAAUGUUGCCCUCGGAUUGUGCGGGCGCUUGCCUCCGUGCCCAUGGUCAUUCUGAGCACUCUGCUUGUUUUCGUCAUCAUAUCACUUGCAUUGGACUUGACCGAGGAUGACUGGAACCCUUUGAACACACUGCCUUUCACCUUCUUCCUGCUGCUGGCAAUUUGUCUUUUAAAACCGCCCAAGGCGAAACUCUUAUCAUUCGUCUGGAGUGUUGUGCAGCCAGGGCGCGGUCCAUCCGCGAAGCCCUCUGCGAGCGAAACUCGCAGCUGGAACGAAAAGCCGGACCAGAGCACAGAAGAGCUCAGCUCCACUUCACAAGACGACAAUUUCGACGGUAAAUUAUUCUCAGUGUAG